UUGACUUCAUGGCGCCUCCACCUCGUUUACGUUCAUCUGAAAGGCAGCACUGCAUGUGCAGAUUCCUUGGCUUCUUCAUCGCGUUGUUGUCCUGGACUUGUGCCCUGAUUAUUGCCAUGAGCAGAUCAUGGCGUGUUUGGGAGUUCAAUAGCUCAUCUGUACGUUUCGUGUACGUGGGAUUUUGGGAAGCCUUCUAUUAUGAAAGAGUUAACAUCUCCGGAGUAAUCAAAGAGUUUCCCAAGCACCAGAGAAUCCAUGGCACUUGGGUCAUCCCGAACGAACUUGAAUAUGGACGAGACCUGAUUCUCUUGGCGAUUUUUGGGAAGACGGCCACUCUGCUCUUCACUUCCCUGGCCCCUCUCACCAUCUGCAUCCGGAUGCAAUUCCAAGAGCUGAUCAUAAUCUGUUACAAAAUAUUUGUGUGUGUUCUGGUCGCCUGUUAUUGUUGCACCAUGGUGGCUCUCGUGUGGAAUUUCGGCGUGGAAUUUUAUGGGGAAAGUCGUCUUGACUUCCCUAUUAAUUUCCCUGUUCGCAAAGAAGCCCGAAUCAAAAAGCAUUUGAGCUAUGUCCUUCCAUUAGGCAUCACAACAGCCACCCUGUCCCUAGGCAGUGCCAUGAGUUUUAUCUGGCAGCUGCGUUACUCAGAUUGGGAAAUGGAUUAGCACUCGUGCCCAAAGUUGGCUGCUGGAAAA